UGCAUUAAAGCCUCCUGUGCCCCAGCCUGGCGUUUCUCCAGCGGGAACUCGCCUCGGGCUCUGCCGACUCCAGCCCCUGAGCCGGAGACUCCAGCGCAGAGGCCUCCGGGACAGCGCUGGGAGCGGCAGGUGGGCUGCAGAGUAACGUCCAUGUUUUCCUCCAGAUCGUCUCAUCCUCCCAUGGAACAGGGAAAAGAAAUGGCUGCUGUCGAGCCAGUCCAGGGGUCGGUGACAUUCGAGGAGGUGGCUGUGUAUUUCACCAAGGAGGAGUGGUCUCUGCUGGACCCUGCUCAGAGAGCCCUCUACAGAGACGUCAUGCAGGAGAACUAUGAGAAUGUGACCUCGCUGGCAGGUGACUGGAUGCUGAAUGAGAAUCAGGAGCAGAAUCCUCAACAGGCAGAUGCUAAGCAAGUGGAACUGCACAAAGCAUUAUCACAAAGAUCUAAAGGAACUGUGUCCAGGAGUCAUGAGCAGGGAAAAGUUUGUAAGAGUCAGCACAGGCCAAAAAGGCAGCAGGGAAACCAGCCAGGGGAGAAACUGGGUAAAUCUACAAAUAGUCCAGGAACUCACAAACACCUCAAGGAAACCAGAGCCCAGCAAAGAAUCCCCCCAGGAGAGAAAAACAACACAUGCACUGAAUGUGGGAAAAGCUUCAGUAGCCCCUCAAAGCUUAUUAGGCAUGAGAGAAUCCACACAGGAGAGAGACCCUAUACCUGUUCUGAGUGUGGGAAAAGCUUCAAUGAUAUGUCCCCCCUUAUUAGACAUGAGAGGGUCCAUAUAGGAGAGAGACCUUACGAAUGCUGUGAGUGCAGGAAAAGCUUCACUCAGAGUUCAGCACUUAUUAGACAUCAUAGAAUCCACACAGGAGAAAGACCAUAUGAAUGCUCAGAGUGUGGGAAAAACUUCAAUGACAACUCACACCUUCUCAGACAUGAGAGAAUUCACUCAGGAAGAAGAGCCUAUAAAUGUUCAGUGUGUGGAAAAACCUUCACUUACCGCUCAGGCCUUAUUACACAUCAAAGGAAACAGACCCUAUGCAUGCUGGGAGUGUAGGAAAAUCUUCACUGACUGACCAGGGCUUAUUUGUCUUCAGAGAUUCCACACAGGAGAGAAACCCUAUAAAUGCUCAGGGUUUGGGAAGAGCUUUUAUGUGUGCUCACACCGUGUUGCGCAUCUGAGGAUCCACAAGAGUGAUAAAUACCAUAAAAACUUGCCUAGGGCUGACAAAAUAUGUUUUCUUUAAUACUUUGGCUAAUUCCCACAUAGUGAACUCUAAGGCUAUUUGCACCAUUUGCUUCACCAUGGUCUGUCAGGUCCCCCAGAUGAGUUACCUGCUUUUGGCCACAUACAGUGGUGGAAGUUUUCAAACACGUUUCUGCAUAAAGUAACCUGACCUCCUCCCACUGCAAAGUGAUUGUUACAGUCACCGAGUUCCCCCUUUGGGGACAGAUUGUUUCAUUCCCAGUUGUUCUCAUGUUAACCUGGGUUGUGCAGAGCAGCUCUCAUUUAAAAUAUAUUUAAAUAUAACCAAGAGCAGGGAGAGGCAAAAGAAUAUUGUUUCAGCUUCUGUUAGACUGGAAGGUGAAGGGUGAGUUGGAGGGAUUCUCGCCUUCCCCAACACUCGAGUUGUGUCAGCUUCUGUCUGAGCCAUGCAAUAUUUAGAAUGUGGAGAAGAUAAUCCUCCACCUACUAACGUGUCACAUAAUGCCGUAUUCUCAACUCUGUGAUUCAGAAUUGUGCUUUGAAAUCAGACUCAAUAGUGCUACAGAUGAAUGUGUCACAGUCCUGGAAGGGAAAUUUGAAUGGAUCCCAAACAGAAUGUGAUCAUAGAACGUUAGAGUUGGAAGAGACCUCAGGAGGUCAUCUAGUCCAAUCCCCUGCUCAAAGCAGGACAACACCAACUAAAUCAUCCCAGCCAAGGCUUUGUCAAGCUGGGCCUUAAAAACCUCUAAGGAUGGAGAUUCCACCACCUCCGUAGGUAACCCAUUCCAGUGCUUCACCACCCUCCCAGUGAAAUAGUGUUUCCUAAUAUCCAACCUAGACCUUCCCCACUGCAACUUGAGACCAUUGCUUCUUGUUCUGUCAUCUGCCACUACUGAGAACAGCCUAGCUCCAUCCUCUUUGGAACUUCGCUUCAGGUAAUUGAAGGUUGCUAUCAAAUCCCCCCUCACUUUUCUCUUCUGCAAACUAAAUAACCCCAGUUCCCUCAGCCUCUCCUCAUAAGUCAUGUGCCUCAGUGCCCCCGCCCCGAUCAUUUUUGUUGCCCUCUGCUGGACUCUCUCCAAUUUGUCCACAUCCCUUCUGUAGUGGGGAGACCAAAACUGGACGCAGUACUCCAGGUGUGGCCUCACUAGUGCCAAAUAGAAGGUAAUAAUCACUUCCUUCAAUCUGCUGGCAAUGCUCCUACUAAUACAGCACAAUAUUCCAUUGGCCUUCUUGACAACAAGGGCACACUGUUGACUCAUAUCCAGCUUCUGCCCAGUUAUUAUCAAUUCUCCCUUGCACCCUUAGUAAGCUUGAAAAUUAUAAAGUUUUGUGGCAGGUCCACAAUUGUAAGGUUUUAUAUCCCUUCAUAGUAUUUGAUAAUUAGCUAAAUGAAUUUAUGGUCUGAUCCAGGAGUCAUCUCUGCCUGGAUUUUUGCUGGCCUUUGUUUUUUGUUUACUGUUGGAGUGGUUUGUUGUCUUCUUAAACAGUAUUUUUGUUCCCGGGCCCGUGAAUAUCCUCAUAGGCGACUUGACAAUUCGGUUCUUCCAUUAGUAGAACUAACUUCAGGAGCUCAAGCUCCUGCCAUUGAGACUAUGCUGCUAUAUUCGGAGAUAAAGGAAGAAGGGGGCACGUGUCAGGACUCUAAUUGGGCCCUGGGUGAUCGCUACUUCCCGCCACCCAACACAGAUGUAAUGAGGUUGAGUAGCGUCCAUAUAAGAUAAACAAGAACUACUAGUUAUUCCUCAAAAAAGGUUUUUAAUUAUUUUCUACUAUAAAGAUAACAGGAAAAAUAAGAAAAGCAAAAACAAAGACCAGCAUUGAAUAAGAAUUAAUAUAAAUGGCAGGUUAUACUGAAGAUAAGCGCAAGUACAUGUAAUAUUGUGGACCAUUUGGGAGUUACUGAACAGUGACUCUACAUAUGCUGGUCCUGGCAGGUUAUAAUAGAAGCCGUGAAGACAAGCAUAAGUAAAGCUAUUAUACAGCAGUUAUAUAUUCCUGGUGGCAGGAUAUACCGAAGACAAGCACAACUACACGUACAAGGAGCUAAUGGACGACAGCCUUACAUGCAUCCGCUCGGGCUAUUCGAAAGACAGGCACAAAUACAUGCAAAGCUAUUAUCCACCAACCACUUACAAUUGUUUUUAUACUACAGUAUUAAUACAACUAAGAUCAAAUCAGCUCGAGCAACCAGACUUUUUUACUCCGUAAUCUUACCCUGCAUUUGUCCCAAAAAUACGUUACCCUUUAGUCAGCCAUUUUCCGCACUGGCCAGGUACAGACAGUUGAGAAGUGCAUGUCCCUUCGGUUCAGGGGGUGUGGGUCAGGUUUCCCUUGUGACCAACAACACACUUGUUUCUGUGCCUUCUUGGUUUUCAUUUGGUCUGACGGCCAUGUUUUAAAACAGACCAACCAAUUAGGGUGGGCCACAUUGUUAGUGUGGUUGCCGUAAUUGUAUAAUUGAUGCAUACAUAUCUCCUUGUAGCCAAUUAUUAGUUAGUUGUAUAAUUUAGGCAUAUUUAUCUUUUGUAGCCAAUUGAGUCUUUAAUGUGGGUUUGAUACGUACAUAGGAGUUAGCAUAAAAUGUUAUCUGGUUGCAGCGCGUCCUGACCCCAAGCUUAAGCUUAAUUUUGCAAGCCUUGCUUUUUGAAACAUACGGAAGUUUGAGGCCUAACAUUGGCAAUACUUUUACUUGACAAUACUUUUUGUACAAUUUAAUCACAGUAUAGAUGUCAGUAGAUCAUUAACAGUAUUACGAUAUAAUGUUAUCAAGCAAACAAUUAAGAGCAGGAGACUAUAGUCCCAAACUAAUUUAUAUCACAGGGUAUUGCUGGGAACUACCCCCCCCCCUCCGCCCCCCAGGACCCGAAAGGGAUCAAAUUCAGAGAUACAUAGGUUCCCCUGAUCCAGUACCCUUAUUGCGUGUUAGGGAGCUAUUUGCCCACAAGCUCAGGGGUUUGUAUGACACAAAAAUUGCCCAAUUCCAUCAUAGAGAUACAGUAAUGUUUUUUCAGUAAAGAUGGCUAAACCCCAGGAAGGAGAUGUAAUGUUAGUCCAGGUAGGCCCUACCAGGGAAUGCCUGUAUAUGGGUAGGACUGGUAUGAAUACGGUGAACACCCCGAUUGGGCAUUUAGUGGAACAUAUCGCUUUGCAAUAUAAUGAAAAUUAUGGAAAUAUACAAAUGAAUAUUCAGAUUGAUUAUAAUUUUGAACUUAAAGAAAUGCCUCAAGAGAUUGUAGCAGUGGAGGGCCGAACUUCCAAUAGGGGGUUUAAUUGCUUGCAUAAUACAGGAACCUUGAAUUCCUGGGAAAUUCGUUCUACCGCUUCUGUUAAUUUUAACGAACAAGGUAAAAUUCCUGUUGAUAGUCCCUCCCACAUGUUAUUGGAAGGAUUAGGGAAGGUCUGCAAAGUAAAAGCCACUGUCCCUGAAAAUUUUCAAUGCAUGGACCAGCUUCUCCAGCCUUUGGUCUUAAAAGAAUUGCUUUGGGACAGAGAUAAAAUCAAUAAGAAGGGAUUAUGUCAGUCUGUGUUGGAAUGCUUGGCGUGUUUAAGUUCUACUAUAAUUAAACAGCAAAAACCCAUCCACUUGCUGCUUCAGCCUCAUUGUGCCCCUAUAAUUUGCCGGAGGCAGUUCCUUCUGCUCCAGCAGUGCCUCUAUACGCUGUAGUUACCAUCAAAUCCAAAAGUGAUGGUGAUCAGACCACUGUGGUCACUGAAUAUAGAUCCUACACCACUGCUGAGCUCUGGCAUUUGCGAGCCAGGGUGUCUAGGAAAGACGGUGAACCUAUUUGGAAGUGGGUGAUGCGAUUAUAUAAAGAACAUAGUGAUGAUUUUCUUAAUGGUCUGGAUGGACCCCUGGUGUUGAGUUAUCAGUCAACCGGGGGACUAACUGGAGGGGACUGGAGAACAAAAAUAGGCGACAGAUUAACCCUGGUUCCCGUCAUGGCAUUGGCAAUGGCUGUAACUAAGGGAAGGAGAACUAAGCCAGGCCCUGAUGACUUCCAGGACUGGGAGUCACUGUAUGCAUACAUUUUUUUGAAUACGAUUCUCAGCGUAAGAGAUAAUGAUAAUGGCACCGCCAGAUGGUUAGAUGACACCAUGGUAGAAACACAAGCCAGAGUAGUAAGUCCAGCUACCGUUUCGACGUGUAGCGAGCUAUGUUUCAGACGAUAUUGGUUGGAAUCUGUUGUUUUAGGGUUGGGUGGACUCACCUUAGAAGCUCUGUCCUCCCGACAAAUUCAGUGGGACCAAGGAAAUGUAAUUGAUAACCCAAAACUGUUAAAAUCAAAUCCCUCUAUGAACCCUAGACAGGAGCACUCUGGGGUUGCACGUGCGGCCUUCACCUUUUUACGAAAUCAGAAUACACUUCCAGAGGCCUGGCUCUUUGAUCCUGAGUUAGUAAAAUUGGCUGAACACCAUGAAUUUGUUGCACGGGGUAAAAAUAAAAAUGAAUAGGGAAACAGCGGCUCGAGCAGGGAGACGAGCAAAGUCAUUUUAAUAAAUCUUAGCAAAAGCCUCCCUGUUUUGAAAUUAGAUAGCAAUGGAAAGCAGGAAAAUUGGUUACUUGAUACGGAUGCUGAAAAAUCUGUUUACUUUGUCAAAACAAUUGAUAAAAGGGAUCUUUCCGAAGUUUGGUUAAAAGGAAUCAGGGGAACUAAAAAGGGAUUUGCCUCAAAUUUUUAAAUAGAAGGUGUUAGUUCUAUAAUCUUAAUUCCUAUGGAAUGUAACUCCUUUCAUAUUUUUGGAAAUGAUAAUAUUGGGAAAAUUCCUCGUGCUAAAUCUUUUUUGACUACCUUUGCUAGGACAGACUCCUUUCAUAGUCCAGUUGAAACCAAAUGUGCAGGUGGGACCUCAAAAGCAGUAUCCAUUGUCUUGUGAGCAAAUCACCUUGGGUAACGAAUUAGUUAACCAAGCAUUAACUAAUGGAUGGAUUGAGGAGAAUCUCACCAUACGCAUCACCUUUUUGGAUUGUAGCAAAAAAGGAACCCGGCAAAGGGCAGUUGGUAAUAGAUUACUGACGAAUUAAUGCUGCUGUCCAAACAGAAAAAGGGAUUAUUGCUAAUCGAACUGAAAUUCAAUAUAACCUUCUUGCCAAAUUAAAGAACAACCCCUGGAAAGCAGUUAUUGACAUUAAAGAUAUGUUUUUUCAAAUUCCAAUUCUAGAUCCUCGAGGGUUGACUGCUUUCAUGUGGAAUGAGAAAAAGUAUAAAUUCUGAGUCGCCCCUCAGGGAUUUUGUAAUUCCCCCUCAUGGGCUACACAGAUGAUGGCACAAUCAAUGGUCUCCUUCGAUUAUGAUAAUUGGGUUAGGUAUUUGGAUGAUAUUUUGAUUCCACCCAAGAGAGUUGCAGUAUUGUCUUAAAUGCCUUAAUGCAACACCUUACAAACCAGGGUUGGGAAAUCAAAAAGGAAAAGGGAAAAGAACCCACCCUUAGGCAAACAUUUUUGGGAUGGAUAUGGGGUGCCAUAGAUAUUGCCUUGAAUUCAGAUGUGAUAGAAGCGAUAGACAAACUCACUUCUGUCCAUUCCUUAAAGGAUUUCCAAAGGGCUGCUGGAUUAGCGGUCCAAACUAGUUUUUUGUCUUCCUCCUGGAAUGCCUUUUUCAAACAGGCCUACCUUCUAAGUAGGGGAAAAAAUCCUGAUUGGCCACUUAUACAGACAAUAUGGCAAAAAUGGAAAACCCACUUCCUUAAGGAACUCUCUCUUACCUACCUCGAUUCCUCUAAAAGGGUGGAUGUGUAUGUAAAUGUGUUGUAAAUGUGAAUGUGUUGUACUUAUAAUAUUAAAGCAACCACACUAAGAAUUUGUCCCACUCUGAUUGGUUGGUCUGUUUUAAAACAUGGCUGACAGAUAAGAUAAAAAGUACAAAGGCACAGGACUAAGUGUGUGUGUUUUGGUCAUAAGGGGACCCCUCUUUGAUCAGGAAACCAGACGCACACCCCCUGAACCGAAGGGAUGUGCGCUUCUCAACUAACUGUACCUGGCCAGUGCGGGAAACAGCCAACUGAAGGGUAAUGUAUUUUCGGACAAAUGCAGGGUAUGAUUAUGUUGCUCAAGCUGAAUUGAUCUCAAGUUUGUAUCGAUACUAUAGUGUUAAGAAUAGUAGUAGGUAGUUGAUGAAUAAUUUUACAUGUACUUGUGCUUGACUUCAGUAUAACUUGCCAGUUAUAUUAAUCCUUAUUCAGUGCUGGUCUUUAAUCUAUCUUUUCUUAUUUUGUCUGUGUUGCCUUUACAGCUGGAGGUCAUUAAAAACCUUUUUUGAGGAAUAAUUAGUAGUUUUAUUUUCUCUUAUACGGGCACUACUCAACCUCAUUACUUCUGUGUUGGGUGGUGGGAAGUAGCGAUCACCCAGGGCACAAUUAGGGCCCUGAUGCAUGUCCCCUUCUUCCUUCAUCUCCGCACCCCAACAUUUAAAGACUGAGACAAACAACUGGGAUAAACAACUUACAUACCAUCUUACAAGUUUCAUUACAUUGUUUUGUUACCUCCCCUUGUUUCUGAUAUCUUGUACAAAACAUCCCCAUUCGUUAUUUUGUCAAACCAUCUUAUCUUGUAUUUGAAUGGCCUGUAUCUGUACUAGCUGGUAUAUAUUUACAUAAAUAUCAAGUAUGUUAUGCUGCCAAGGCCAGGCUUCCUCUGGUUCACAGCCUUUGGUUGAGGCCUCAGAUCUUGCACCAGGCCCAGUGCUCUGGGCGCGCUCGCUCUACUACCCCAUGUACUGGCGAGGCCACUUCUGGACUUUUUCCUGCUUGGUUGGAAUUGUUUGCAGAUGGGAAGGUUGGCUGCUUUUCCCCCAUUAUGAUUAUGUUAAUACUUUUGUAAAUUACACUAACUUAAUAAUAAUGAGAUAGUGCUCAGUGAAGGAGGUAUCAGAGGAGAAGACAAUGGAAGAAUCAUGUAACCUGCUCUGGAAUUUUACUUUACAUGAAACUGGAAGUGUCUUACACCUCUCUGAGAUGUUUUCCCCCCUCUUUCCUGAAGCCCAUUUGGUCACAUAACUAGGUAGUAGUUUUGUUUGACAGAUUGCAGCUCAGAUUUAUUGGGAAUUUUGAGACAAAUAAAAUUAGUCAUUUCUAAAAUA